AUGGUCGGCGCGAAGCAGGCCAUAUCGAAUGGUGUUCGACUAGCUAUAAAGCGGUUCACCCAGAUGCGGAAUAUCACAUUCCAGAAGGAGGAUUUGCGAACUUUGAAAGAGCUGAAACUCAUCGAAAACGAGAACCUGAAUAAAUUCUACGGGAUCGCCUUCAACCAGCAGAAUGAAUUUGUCGUCAUGUGGAUUCUGUGCUCGAGGGGGAGCUUGGAGGACAUCCUUUUCAACGACGAGCUCAAACUCGGCCGCAAUUUCCAAGUAUCGUUUGCCAAGGAUGUUGUCAAGGCCCUGGCCUUUAUACAUGCCUCCCCAAUCAUGUACCACGGCCUUCUCUGCCUCCAGAAUUGCCUGGUCGACUCGAAUUGGACGGUCAAGCUCACAAAUUUCCGAACCGAGGAGAUCAUCUCCGACAAGAUGUACCAUAAUGAGAUCCGGGCCGUGACUUCGGAGUUGGAGGACGAGAGCGAGCGGUUGAUUGAUAGGAAAUACAUCCAACAAGCUCCGGAAGUGAUUCGAGAAAUCGUUACCCGGAAAGCUUUGCCGCCUGGCGGCCAGCCUCAGGAUAUCUAUGCUUGUGGAAUGGUGCUCUACCAGAUUCUCUACAGAGUCGAGCCGUUCCAUGAGAGAGGGAAAUCAAUAGCGAAGCUUAUGGACCUCAUCGCCAUGUCAAACGAUGACGACCAGCUGAUCAGGCCCAGCUUUCCAUCGACAGUCGGUAAAGACACGGAGUCCUACAACCUCCAACUACUCUCUUGCAUCGAGGCAUGCUGGCUGGAGAUACCAGAAAUGAGGCCGAACAUAAAGAAAGUUCGCUCGCUGACGAAUUCGAAUUUGAAGAGCACGGGCAAAGGCUCACUCGUUGAUCAAAUGAUGAAGAUGAUGGAGGAGUACACGACGAAUCUCGAAUCGUUGGUCCGAGAUAGGACCGCUAUGUUAGAAGAAGCACAGAAGCAGGCGGAUCGAUUACUGAAUAACAUGCUACCAAGAUCUGUUGCGGAAGAUCUCAAGGUUGGGAAACCAGUUCUUCCUCAGCUCUAUCCAUGCGCUACUGUCCUGUUUUCCGACAUUCGCGGAUUUACAAGAAUAUCAUCGACCUCAACACCUUUGCAGGUCGUCACCUUCCUCAACGACAUGUUCUCCGGGUUCGACUCCAUCAUCGCCAAGCAUGAUGCUUACAAAGUCGAAACGAUUGGUGACGCCUACAUGAUCGUCUCCGGGGUCCCAAAAGAAAAUGGAAACUACCACGUCCAGAAUAUUGCUGACGUCGCGUUGAAGAUGAGGACUUUCGUCUCCAACUUUAAAUUGGCGCAUCGGCCCGAGGAACUGAUGAUGGUGAGGAUUGGAUUCCACUCGGGGUCUGUAGCAGCCGGAGUCGUCGGACUGGCGGCACCGAGAUACUGUCUCUUCGGUGACACCGUCAAUACAGCCUCCAGGAUGGAAAGUACAGGCGUGGCAAACAAAAUUCAGAUCUCUGAGCAGGCCUACAACCUUCUCCACUGCUUCUUCCCCCAAUUUAACAUGUCCGAAAGGGGUAAAAUUGAAGUAAAGGGCAAAGGCGAAUGCCUAACAUUUUGGCUAGACAGCAGCAAAGCGCCUCCACAAUCUGCAAAUCGGUUCAAAAGCCAGAUGCAACUGUCUUUUUUUCUGAAGUCUUGCUGGAACUUGCCUGUAAAGGCUGAGAGCAUCAAUGCUGCGAAUCACGGCACU